AUGAUGCGAGCGUCUCUCCCCCUCCGCCACCUGGCCUCGGUCAGCGGCAGGCAGGCGCUGCCCCGCUCUGCCGCCGCCGCCGCCCGCGCCGUCCGCCCCGUGGCGGCCCAGCCCGUCCUCGGUCGCGCAUCGCCCUUCCGCUCCGGCAUCGCCGCGGGGGCGCGCGGCCUCGCAACCACCGACGGCUCUCAGUCGGUCGACUUUGACCCCAACGCGGCCACCUCGAUGGACAAGAUGGAGCCCCCCGCACCCGGUGCCGACUUCAACGUCGUCAUUGUCGGCGCCGGAAACAUCAACUUUGGCUCCGACGAGGGACCCUGGAACCACUCUUUCCGUCUCGAGCACAAGCUGGGACCGCGUCUCAAGGUCGUCGCCCUCAUCGACCCGAGCGCCCAGCGCGCCGAGGCCGCGCUCAACGUCAAGAGGAACUCGUUCGUGCUGAGCGCCUACAAGGACACGGUCGUCUAUCCCACCUUUGCCGACUACGUGGCCAACAUGAAGCCGCACCAGAAGCCUCACGCCAUCUGGGUCGGCUCUCCGCCGCAGUACCGAGGACGCGAGCAGCCGGGCAUGGACCUGGAAAAGAAGCUGAUCGAGGCGUUCCCGGACGUGGCCAUCUUUAUCGAGAAGCCCGUGUCGACGGGACCGGUGGCCGACGCGCAAAAGGUGGCCGACGUGCUGGAAAAGUCGGGCAACCUGAUCUCGGUGGGCUACAUGCUGCGGUACCUCAAGGUGGUGCAGAAGAUGAAGCAGAUCCUCGAGGAGAACAACCUCAAGGUGAUGGCGACCAACGCACGCUACAUUAUGGCCUACGAGCACACGGCCAAGCUCGACUGGUGGGACAAGUCGCAGACGUGCGGGCCCAUUGUCGAGCAGGCGACGCACUUUUGCGACCUGUCGCGCUACUUUGGCGGCGAGGUCGACCUCUCGACGGUGGCCGCGCACUCGCUCGAGUACUUUGAGCCGGCGGGCCACCUGUCCAAGAUUCCCGUCGACGAGAGCAAGGUCAAGCCCGAGAACCGCAUCCCGCGCAUCACGUGCGCCACGUGGAAGUACGAGUCGGGCGCCGUGGGUUCGCUGACGCACGCCGUGUCGCUGCAGGGCUUCAACUACUCGACCGAGAUCGACGUGCUGGCCGACGGCUACAGCCUGCGCCUGGUGGACCCGUACAAUGCGCCGGCCCUCUACUUCCGCCGCCCGGGCGACGACCACGAGGAGGUGGUGCGCUACCAGAACGACGACCCCUUCUUUUCCGAGGUGUCGAACCUGAUUGACUGCAUCGAAAAGGGACCGGGCGCCUCUCCCAUCCUCAGCUCGUACGACGACGCCGUCAAGACCUACGCCCUCACCUGGGCCAUCCGCGAGGCGAGCGAAAAGAGCGCAAAGAAGCCCGCCAAGUGA